ACAAGUAAUUUGGAUAUUUCAUAUCUGUCAGUGUCACGGAGAACGAUACGAGGCAUCACCGAUAAAUUUUUUAUUGAAAAGUCACUUUCAUUGCGAGAAAAAGGGAAAAGCCACAAACAUGACGUUUGAUGCAGCGUAUACAACAUUUAAAUUUUUCACCAGAAUCAGGAGGACAAACUUCACGGUGAUUCUCAUUAUAACAGUGCAAUCACUAUGCCUGGCGUUGGAACCUACCACAUCUCAGAUUGACUAUGACGUUGCCCACAAUACAUCUUCCGACCGUCAUGCCACAACUUCGCUGAUGAAAGAUGAAAUAAAAUCUUAUUUUUUGAAAUUACAGUCCAAAGUUUCACCCAUUUCAUUGGACCUUUUAUCGCCUGAUGUAUUAUCAGUACAAGAUCCCUUAGAGUAUUGGAUUCGUAAAACAAGAAACCUAUCUCCUGCUGAAAUUGCAAAGACAAACAUUGGCAUAACGUUUGUUAUGGAUUCGAAUACAUUUCCUGAGAGCUACAUCGCAUACGUUGAAGUUCUGAAGUCGAUUCUCAACUGUCAGUUAUGGCUUACUAAUGUUAAAGACUACAUCCGAGAAAUUCAAGCUAUACGUGCUUCAAAAACAGAGGAAAGCUUUUCUAUACCAUCUGAUAUAUCAUCGCCUCCUGAGCUGUCUGACACGGGAUUAUUUUCUCCUGAUAUCUUCUCCGACCCUGACACACCUCUACGCCUUGUCAAUAGACUAUUGCAUAUUCCAAAAAAAGACAUUUCAAACUUGAGAACGCGUUUAAGGAAUUUUGAAAACAAGGUGACACAAUCGAACAAGUCAACUGGUCAAGUAUGGAGGCCCUACAUUCGGUACUGUUUUGCCUUGGUUAUAUUUUUCGCAUUCGAACCCGCUCUCAAUGGCCUGAAAAAUGAUGUGGACAAACUGCAACAGAUUAUGAGAUCACAUUCUCCGAAGCAAUGUCCCCAAUUGUUUGAUCAAUCUCACAAUGGAAUUUACAAAUCCCAAGCUUCUGGUGAAACAGAACCUAACAACUCAAAUCUGGGUCCAGUAGUAGGAAAUUCACCAAAUGCUGUUCUCUCUAGUGGUAGUUCCAGUAUUGAAUCUGCAUGUGAAACCUUGCCGCAAACAGAAGACUUGAGGACAUUGCCAAAUAUUCUAUCGUUUGAGGUAUUCUCUCAAGCUGAUAUUUUCCCUUAUCUUGUCAAUAAAAUAUUGGGAAUAAGUUCAUGGAGAAAGCAAAUUCAAUCCAUCAAAUAUGAAGCAGAUAAAGCUUUGGGAGGAAAACAACUUCCUGCAUGCUAUAUCCCGUAUGCUACCUUACUGUCGUCGAUUCUGAGAUGCUUGAAACAUCUUGUGAAUUCGUUAGGGGUAGAUACAUUCAUAGGAGGAAUCAAAAUGCGUCGCGCUGCGAAUGUGGACGGUUUUAAUUCCUUACCGAUUGACAUUUCUUCAUCGUCCGAGUUAUCGGAAAUAUUUUCUGUCGAUAUUUUCUCCGACCCCGAACCUCCGGCGCUGUUUCUUGACAAAAUCUUGAAAAUGCCGAGCGAAAAAAUCGUAAAUUUGAAGAUCCAGUUACAAAAUUUUCUACAAAAGUGGAAAAAGAUAGACACGCAGAAGACUCCGUUCCCGUACUGGUACUGCUGGUAUGCUAAAUCUGUGUUUACAUUUUUACAAGAUGAAUCCUUAUUGAAUGAUUUGAAAAAAGAUAUAGCUGAAAUUCAACGCAGAUCGGUUUCUGGCAAAAGCACUACCUAUAAUUUAAGAAAUUGAUUCGCAAAUAAGGAGUUCGCAAUUAGUGUUAUAAAUAAGUGUUAAAUAUUAUAAAUUAGAAAGUAAUA